GAUUAUUCACCACAAUUACAAUCCCUUCAACAAACAGAGGUCUCUCUCGUUCAACAAUGGCUUCCACAGCUACACCCUCUACUCUCACUCUAUCCUCACUUCUCUCACAAGAACUCAACCCCAAUUCCUUACUUUUCAAACCAAAGCCUCUCCUUUUCACACCCCACAAGUCCUUUUCUCUACACCCACUAAUCCUCCAUUACAAAGAAAGGAAGUCCAAUGGACCUAUUGUUGUUACUGCUGCUAUGGCUGCUGAAGCUGAGGUUGAUGAGGCUGUUGACGAAGAAGGUGGAGAAGGCGCUGUUGCUGUUGCAAUUCCAACCUCUAAGCCCAAGAAAGGCAAAGCUGCUUUGCCCUUGAAGAGGGAUAGAGUAUGUUGAACAACUCAUCUUUUCUCUUG